CAUGCACUUGCACAUGUACACCGGGAACCGCAGGCUCUGCAGGGCUCUGUGUGGGUGUUGGGGGGGGGGUGUGAACACCGCGGGGGGGCUGCAGACCCGCGGGGGCACUGGCAGAGCCCGACUCACGCAGGACAAACCCGUCCCCGCAGAACAGGACCUCCCCCCUCCUCGGUUCCCCCCACCCCCCCCGCGUGGGGGGACCGUGGCCGUGGCCCCCCCCUUUUUCUCUCCCCCGGGACAGGGGCUCCCCGCGCCCCGCCGGCUCCCCUCGCCGUGGGGCCGUGCCGAGACCCGACAGAGCCCCGGUGGGCGGCGGGACGGGGCCUGGAGGGGGGGGGGGGGGGGGGGCGGGCACGGGACCCCGGCGCUCUCCGGGCGGAGCCGCCGCGCUCGGGAGCCACCGGGCGGCCGGGCCCCGGUACUGCCGGCCCGGGACCCCCUUCCCCGCGCAGACCUGCCCCGUUCCUCACCCCCGGGGUCCCGGCACCCCCCCCCUCCCGCCUCCUCCCCGCCCCGGCCGGAGCCACCGCCGGCGCAUGCGCACCGAGCCCGGUUUAAAGGUAACCGGGGGCCGCCGCUCGGCCCCGGCCUCGACCCGCCCCCGGUACCGGCCCGCGCCUCCCCCCCCCCCCCCCCCUGCGUGGAGCGGUCCCGCGUGGGGCCCGGCUCGGCCCCUCCCCUGCCCCGCACAGGGGAGGGGGCGGCGGGGCAGCCCCUGCCCGUGUCCCGCGGCCCCCGCCGCCCGGGGCGGGGGAUGCGCUACGCUGAUGGCGGCGGGGCCCCGCCGCCCCCCGGGCCGCGCAGCCGGUGGUGGUGGUGGUGGCGGCGGCCGCUGCCGCCGCUACGCCGCGUCGUCGAACGAUAACGGGGCGGUACGGAACGGUGGGCCCCGGCCAUGAGGUCUACCGCCUUCCGGGCGGCCGAGCCGCCGCCGCCGCCGCCGCGGGGGGGGGCAGGAGCAGCAGCAGCAGCAGCAGGAGGAGGAGGAGGAGGAGGAGGAGGAGGGCUCCGCACCGCACCGCCCGCCGCU